AUGGCUGUAAAUGUUUCUCAUGUAUACUUCUUAAUUAUAUUUAUUCAUAAUUUCAUAUCCAAAGCCGCCGUCGAAAGGAGAUUCUCCGACUUCAAACGAUGUGCCGACGAGGAAUGCAGUUGUAAGUACUUGGCUUAGCUCACGUGAACUUUAAGUAAUGAUGCUUCCAUCGAUCGGUCAAUGCACUCUCCCGACCUCAAUGCAACGUAGCAGUUAGCUAACUAAUAAACCGGCGUUAUCUUUGACCUGUUGCCAUUUCAAAGGGAUGAACUCGACUAACCUAGAUAAAAGCACUGUCGUUAGUAUUCUUAUCAGCACGAGACGAGUAACGUAAUAUAUUACAAGCCGUCAAACUAGACCAAGAAAUGGCUAGUAACCUGCUUUGCUUGGUUGUAGCCGAAGCCAUGGUUGGCUACUGGCCCAAUUCUGGAGCUAGCUUAUCUAACGUUACCUACGGGGUUUCUGUAGUAGCUUGCACCAUGUAAACAAGCUUUCAGCCUACAUAUUUUAUUGAAAUCAAAGCCACUGAAGGCCCCAGUGCUUCAUGGGCAAUGUUCACCAGUGUGGACUACACAACAUAGCUGGCGAGUUGAGCUGGCAGUGUUAUUGGUUAGCUAACUAGCCAACUUAGCCUACCAUACAUACAAUAGAGAUUUGUUAGCCAAGUAAUAUUUUAAUCAACUAGCUACCUAACUAAACGGACCCUAAACAUUUACAUUUACGUCAUUUAGCAGACGCUAUUAUCCAGAGCGACUUACAGUUAGUGAGUGCAUACAUUAUUUAUUUUUUAAAAUUAUUUUUUCAUACUGGACCCCCGUGGGAAUCGAACCCACAACCCUGGCGUUGCAAACGCCAUGCUCUACCAACUGAGCUACAUCCCUAAAGAUUAUCAUACUUCUGUGUUGGCUUUUAGGAAGCAAAUAGCCACAUUCACUGUGACUAGCUCAAUUGCAAGCUGGUAUAGGCUUAGCUAGCUAUAUAUUGUUUACAUAAAAAAAGUAAUGUCAUUAACCCCUCUCUGCUUGCAAGUUCUUGUCUUUUUGCAUCUGCCUUAUCAAAAACAAUAGCUAUUUCAUUUAACCCUUAAUGCCUUGAUACUCUCACUGUAAAUUGUAAACAGAUAAGCAGAUUAAACAAGGCUUACCUUAGAUGUGUAUUUACACCCUGAUUGUGCAUGGGGCACUUAAGGUGGAUGCCCAAAGACUGUCCAUGGCUGAGUCAUUGGAUGAGAGGUUUGGUAUGGGUGACAUCUCCACAACAACUGAUCUGUGAAUCCUUCCUCUCCACAGUGCUCCUGUGCCGGGGGAAAGCUUCAAGCGAUUUCACUGGACCAGACUGUCGGUUCCUGUCUUUUAAAAAAGGAGAGACUAUAUAUGUCUACUAUAAACUCUCAGGCAGAAGGACAGAUAUAUGGGCGGGGAGUGUAAGUAUGAGUUAAUAUUUAAUAAUGUGAUAACAUUGCAGUCUAUAAUGGAUGUUGGAGCAUUUUCUGUUUUGUUAACAUUAUGUUUAGUUCUUUGUUUUGUUUCCAUUUCUUACAAUAGGUUGGGAACCGCUUUGGUUACUUCCAUAAGGACCAACUCGCAAUCAAUCACAUAUACACUGAAAAAGAAUUGGAGAUUCCUGCUGAGGUAAGAAAAUAAAUAGUAUUCCGUUUAUUGCCAAUGCAUCAUUAAGAAAUUAUCUGAAAUGCCUGAACUACUUUCUGUAAUGGGUAGUAUGACUCAAACAAUGUUCUCUUUUUCUUUUCAGGAAACCGACUUUGUUUGUUUCGACACCGGACACGAUAAGUUUGACAGUUAUGACAUUGAGUCACUGUUAGUCUCCUCCUUAUUGUUAACGGACCAGGAAGAAUCUGUGCAAGGAACCACAGAGACUUUAGACCUAAACAAAAGUGCAGAGAGCACCACAGUGGAAGUGGAUGAGCCUCCACCUGAAGUGACUCUGUUAGAAAACGAUGAGAUUGAUAGUGAUGUUCCUGAGGACAUUGAUAAGGUUGUAGAGGAGGUUCCAGAUGAGCUUUUAGAGGAGGUUCCAGAUGAGGUUGUAGAGGAGGUUGUAGAGGAGAUUCCAGGUGAGCUUUUAGAGGAGGUUCCAAAUGAGGUUGUAGAGGAGGUUCCAGAUGAGGUUGUAGAGGAGGUUCCAGAUGAGGUUGUAGAGGAGGUUCCAGAUGAGCUUUUAGAGGAGGUUCCAGAUAAAGAUCCAAGCCAUUUUGAGCCUUUAGAGUCCUCUAUACCUCAGCCUAAAACCGCGACCGAAACUCUUGACACAAAGGGAGUUGAAUCUAACACAGUAGUUGAGCCCACAGCUGAGAAAAUCAAAGAUGACCUUCAGAAAUAUCAGCUGAGGACCGAGGACUCCGUGCCGGACAGUGUUGUUGAACCAGAGCGAGGUGAGACCAAAGAAAGCCUUUCAGAACCUCUAUCCAAAGAUGAUCCUGAGUUGGAGAAUGCGCCUGAUGUUUUUUCAGAAGGCAGACCUGUCCCUGAGUUGAAAACUACACUUGGAACAACUUUUGAUGCUGUCACCUCCGAUGACGAGGACACUUGGAAGGUGACUCCAUAUGACGAGGAAGACGAGGAAAGUGAAGAGUUUGAAUAUCAGCAGGAUGAGGAAAGUGAUUAUCGUCUUAGGGAAACUCCAUUGCUGGCUUUUUCUGCAGAACAUUCUAAUUUAGAACACAAGGACAUUCCGGAAUCUGAUCAGACAGAUGAGGAAGAGAGUCCAUCAGAGACAGCUGAAAAACAGGACUCCAAGGACAAGAACCUGUGGUCUUCAUUUGGUGAUACAGUUUUUAACAUUGUCAGUGGUGGGGAAAGAACAGCUCAUGUCACCGGUUCAGAGGAAGAUGACGAGGAUGAUGAUGAAGGUGAGAUUGCGCCAGAGGAGCCUCCCAAAAUUGAAGAACCCAAGGAGAAUAUACAGCUGCUAGCCAAUGACCCAAUGCAGGAGCCAGAGGUAACAGAACAGCCACAUGAGUUAAUCUUUGAGGAACCUAUAGACUCUAAUUUCAGUGAGGAGGCUGUCAAAAUUCCUGAUGUGGAUUCCCAGACGUUGCAGUUUGAGGAUGAUCCUGAAGACGGUGAUAUUGAACCUUCAAUACCACCUGCUGAUGAGGUGAUUCCCUUUGAACAUACCGAGCAGGCUUUAGCAAAGAAUCUUACAGUAAAUGACAGUCCAGUCCCUAAACACGUCUUACAGACAGAAAUGCUCUCAGACUUUGAUAGUACUACUAUCGAAUCAGAACAGAAACAAGAUGUUGAAGAACUCCCCAUACAAAAAGAACCCAAGGAGAAUAUACAGCUGCUAGCCAACGACCCAAAGCAGGAGCCAGAGGUAACAGAACAGCCACAUGAGUUAAUCUUUGAGGAACCUGUAGAAUCUAAUUUCCUUGAGGAGGCUGUCAAAAUACCUGAUGAGGAUUCCCAGACGUUGCAGUUUGAGGAUGAACCUGAAGAAGGUGACAUUGAACCUUCAACACCACCUGCUGAUGAGGUGGUUCCCUUGGAACAUACAGAGAAGGCGUUAGCAGAGAAUCUUACAGUAAAUGACAGCCCAGUCCCUAAACAAGUCUCACAGACAGAAUUUGAUAGUAAAACUAACGUAUCAGAGCAGAAACAAACUGUUGAAGAACUCCCCAUUCAAAAAGAGUCAAGAGAUUUCUCACAAGUAGAGAAUAAGUUGAAACAGGGUGGCACAGAGCUUUUCAGACGCUUCAGAGGACGUAAGGUCCCAGAUCCAACUAAAAACACAAUGGUUAAAGAGAGCCAUCAAGAACUCUCCAUAGAUAAGGAGGAUUUGAUAGACCCAGAGGACUUGGAGAUUGAGGAAGAGUUGCUAGAGGAUGAAAAUGCAGCAUUGUCUUCUUCAUCCAAAACCGAGCACACUGAUGAUAAGGACAAAGAAAGUCCAUCUGAAUUUGGGUCAGAGCUAUCCAAUAAUGCUACAGAAACAGAGGUUGUAUCGAGUGAUGAGUUGGAUGUGGUCCAAAAUGAGGAGGCUAUUGACAUAGAACCUGAGGAGCAUGACAUAGGAAAAUAUUCAGAAAGCGCAGGCUUGGAUCAAACCCGUACACCCUCACUUGAAGACAAAGCUCCAGAUCCCCUUUCAGGCCAAGAGACAGAAUACAGUGAUGAUGUGUUGAGGCUGACACUACUGCGCUACCACUUCAAGGAAGAGGAUAUGGAGCGCUUCCAGAAGAUUCUGGGUCUUCAUAACCUCUUCAGAGUGGAGUUCUUGUUCUCUGACCUGGAGAAGGAGCUGAAGGCUGCCCGGAUGUCCCAGACAAACACCAGUGAGGACAUUGAAAAGGUGCUGGAGGCCAUUUUGGAGGCCUCUGAGACCCCAAUCCUGGAUGAGAUUGAGAGGAUGCUGGAUUCCCGGGAGAAUGCUGACGUGCAGCAGGAGGCUGGUGAGUUUGAUGAGGAAGCCACCAUCUUGGACGACUUUCAAGAGUUGGCGUUCACCCUGCAUCAGAAGUACUCAACGGCCAGCGACAGUGCUCCCUUGGCAGCGGGCAGUCAACUACACCCUGACACAGGUAAGAUUGCUUAUUUUCUUCAGUUUGUUAAUGUCAGAGUAUUAAAACCUUUGUUAAAUUAAUAUAUUUGGAAAAUGUCAUACGUUGCAAAUGACAUGAUGAUAAUGUCUGGUGAUUGGGUUUGCAUGAUAAGCUGGAAUCCUUAAUGGUGAAAAGGCCUUGUCCAUUUGCGAUAUUACAACAACAAAGUUACUGCAAACAACAAACACUGUUUAUUUUCCCCUCUGACAUCAUUGUACGCGCCAUAGAAGAGCACAAUAUGUACUGAAAUGGAUUUAGACCAUGCUGCACUAUAGUCCUCAGCCGGCGGUAGUGGGGUGGCCAGUGGCGCUGUUUCCCCCUACUGCAGAUUCCAUCUUUAACAAAGGCCUAUGAAGUACAACAAAGUAAAUCGUAGUCUGUUGACAUAGUACAAAACCACACCCUGACAAUGCCAGUUAGAUUGCAAAGCAUGAAAAUGUACUUACUGUUUGAACCGCUAUAAAUGUUUGAAAAGAUGGGGACGUGUCUGAUGAUGCAGAGGAAGAAAAGACGUUCCCGCACUCUGUGGGGGACACAGACGAGGACAACCUCACUGUGACGGGUGAAGAGACUAAGGCACCUGAGGAGAAGCCUAACCAUGAUGAAGGCCACAACAGACCAGAUAUGGGUCUUGAGGAGGAUGUUGGGCAUUUUAACAGAAACCAAGACAAUCAGCCAGAAGAAAUCCAGAGGGGCCCUCAAGCUAUUUUGGAAAAUACCUUGGACAUGGGACUUGUUGACAUGGAGCACCCUUCCUCAGGUAUGUGCUCUUUAAACAUCUUCUACUUUUGAGAUUAUUGUGAGGGAUAAACUGUGCGGACAUGAACCUAAUUUGCUUGUCCUUUAUUGCCAGACUCUCUGGAGUCGCCCCCUGUUUCUGAUUUCCAGGAAGAGGAGCAGAGUGGUUCAUCAUUCGUAUCGGUGUUAAUUUUCUCUGGUAGUCUAGUCACCCUGGUUUAUGAGUACCUUGGAAUAUAUGCUGUUAUGGUAAGUUACUUAAUGUACUUCUGUCUAUGAAUGAGGUUGCCUUCCUAUUAAUUCACUACCUUUUCAGACUGUCAGAAAUUAGUGUUUAGGACUCAAGUGUGGUAUGCAUCAGGGUUUCCAUUAGGAAAAUGUGGCGCUGGACAUUUGACCGGCAACAUUUUAAUUUACCGGACAUUUAAGAAAUCUGGGACCCAUAUGCAUUGGUUGCGUAACCUGAUUAGGGUGGGUGCUCAGAAUGACAGAAAUUACAUUUGGAUUAUGGUAAUUAAUAUUAACAGAACAUGCAAGUCGAGGAUUCAACAAUGUGUGGUUCUUCUUACCGAAUUCUGACAUGCCUCAUAUGUAUUAAAAUGUUCAGGUUUCAAACAAUUUAAGUAUAUGUUUUCAAAAUGCAUAGUCUACUGCCUCCUGCUCAUUGCAAAGUGGUGUGAUGCACUGAUGAAGCCUGCCUUCCGUUGCUGUUUGAGAUGCUGCUGCUCUCUGGCUGUCUGACAGAUGUUCCUCUCAAGGGCUCUGUAUCUGUAUGCUAUAUGUGUGAUAAAUAAGAUGCAUAAUGAAUAUACUGUAGCCUACACACACACCAAUUUAAUUCCACUAAAUUAUGCAAAUUAACCUAUAGACCGAUAAGCAUGACCAGUCAAAUGUAUUUCCAUCAAUUAAUAGGCUAAAAAUGUAUUUUCUUCUUCUCCCUGACAAUUGGCCAGGCGCCAAUUUUACUUCUCAAUUUUAUUUAUUGGCUUUUCAAAAAAAUGUAAUAGGCCAAAAGCUGGUUAUUACCUGCUAACGGAAACUCUGGUAUGCAUAUGUAUUUUAUCUAGCCUAGUUAUUGCUGGGACAAUGCAUGGUUUUCACAUUUUUGGUCUUUAUUUUUUGUUGAGCAAUUAUUAUUUUUUAAUUCAACAUUGCUUUUGUACAGAGCAAUAUUUUUGCCACUUGUCAUGCUCGAUGUCAUUAAGUUAAAGUUUCUGCAGGGCCACGUUCAGUUGCAAAACGUUCUCGAACGUUGAAGAUAGAAAUCCGUAAACCGAGCAGAUGUGAUUCCUUAUUCAACAUGUCUGAGGCAUGUUUGUUCUACAUAGAACUAUGCUAUCUGAACGUUCGAAAAACGUUUGAUCCUGCUGAACGCGCCCCAGGGGCGUAAUCAUUAGUUCAAACAGUUUUCCAACUAAAACGAGAGUUUCUAUUGGACAAAUUCAGCUAGGUUUCGUUUAAGAAACGUUUUGCCAAAGCCAGUACAGCAGGUUUAGAAACUUUGGUUUUGCAACAGAAUGUGCCGAAUGAAUACACCCCAGGUUAAUUGAUCCUUCCCCUUUUUUUGUUGACGUGUCCUAGGAAAGUGUAGGCUGAAGUUCAGUGACCACCACAGCCGGUUUGUUGCAUAUUGAUUAGGACAAACAUUACACCGCCGCUCGUAGUACAAGCCUUCUUUCUACUUGUGCAUUUGUCGUGGAAAGUAAUCACGUUCAAUUCUCUAAAAGGAGGCUAAAUGCAUAGCUAGCUACCUACGCUAGUAGACCGGUUGCUGGCGAAGCAGUCAGCAAGCUAACGUUAGCUAGUAAGCGUAUUAGUUUACCUAGCUAGAUGGGUACAGCUUGGCCUCUUCUGUGUGGUCAAAGACAACCACGAUGAAGGAGCCUCAAGUAUUCUACGUUGAUAGGUUUGUGAAACGAGGAUUUUCGGAUUUCCGCAAACCAGUUGCAUAGCACAUUAGCCUAGCUAGGUAACUCAGCUGUCAACUAAAAGUAACAAUGGAUUCGGAAGACACAACCCCUUUGCCUAUGAUGACAGAAUCUGAUCGACUGUCUGUCUUCUACGCCUUAUUUCUAACGGAACUUCAAUAUGUAAGUAGUUUGCUAAUGUUAGUGUUGACACUGCGCAUUUAUGGAGGCUAACUUGUUGGGGUCUUUGUAAUAGCUAUUGUAGCUAGCUGGCUAGCCAAGUCUUAGUCUACCAAAUGGAUGGCUUGCUAUAUCUAAAUUGUAACUCAAUCUUGUUGGCAGCUUCAAAGUCUUGUGGAAUGGUUUAGUUGUCCUCCAAUACCUAAUACAUUUCUCCAAUAGUUUCAGCCUAGAAUAGAUCACCUGAUUGCACUUUUGUUUCAAUGUUAUCAAAGUGAAAGUCGACUGUCCUCUAACUCAUAAAAAAAAUUGCACACUUACCAGCAGUAACCGUUCUUCCUGUAACUGUAGGACUCAGAUCGAGAGGUUUCUUUGAGCUGUUGAAUUUAGCUUUGUUGUUUUGACCGCUUUCCUUGUAUAAUUAAGCAAUAAGGGCCAAGGGGGUGUGGUAUAUGGCCAAUAUACCAUAGCUAAGGGCUGUUCUUAAGCGUGAUGCAACGUGGAGUGCCUGGAUACGGCCCUUAGCCGUGGUAUAUUGGCAGUAUACCACAAACCCCCGAGGUGCUUUAUUGCUAUUAUAAACUGGUUACCAACGUAAUUAGAGCAGUAAAAAUAAAUGUUUUGUCAUACCCAUGGUAUACGGUCUGAUAUACCAAGGCUUUCAGCAUUCAGGGUUCGAACCACCCAGUUUAAAAUUAAUUAUAUGCUAGGCCCUAUGUUAAGUAGUCAUUUGUUUGUUUAUUGCCCACCUUUUUAUAGGGUGAAAGGGAACAUGAUGCACUCUAAAUCCACAUAGGCCUUAGUUUGUUAGAUCCACUCCAACAAUGUGGUGUUUAAUUUAGCUUGUUUGAUCUAAUCCCAGAUUUUCACUGAGCGACUGAGGUGUAUGGUCUGUGUUGUCCCUGUAUGCCACGUCCAUAGUGCAAAGGUUUCUAUGGUUGGACAGUGGCAGGGCCCCAAGCCAAUCCCCAUUGAUUAGAUAAGGUUAAGGCAGAUUUACCCUCUUUAUUGAUUUUGAUCAACAACUGGGUUAUAGGUCUAUUUCUGAACCCACCUUGAUUUGAUCUGAAGAAGUGUCUGUUUGCAUUGACUGAGAGGGUGCUCAGUUUGAACAACGCUGUAAUGCCUGAUGGUUUAGUAAAAUGAUUUUCCUGUCUUUCAUCUCAGCCCAACUAUUGCCCAACUUAUUUGCUAGACCAGAAAUAUGAGCUGUAGGAAGGAACACUGUGAUUGGGCCUGUGUGUCUCCUCAGAUGGUCACCUGCCUGCCAGAGGAAUGGAAGCCAGGUCCAGACUUCUACGGCGUGUCCUGGGAACCCGUGCUGGUCACUGCAGGCGCCGGGGUCAUCGGCUUCCUCUUCCUCUUUUGGAGGAGCGUUCUAUCUGUAAGUCAUUGUUGUAUAGUCACUGCUUUCAUCAUUUCAUAGGGUGUCCAAGACAAAUAUGAUUCGUCAUGUUCUGAAUCAUUCAGUGGGGUCUUUCUCUAACAUAUCAUUAACAUUAUAUUCCAAAAAGUCGGAUUUGUGAACUAAUACAUCCGAUUUUAAGCACCGAGCUCUGUUGACAGAGCAGUGCCGCCUCUCCCAGCGACUUUUGAGGAUUUUACAUAUUCUGCAACGUUGUUUCCUCGGGUCACAAAAUUAACUUGACACGAGCUGAAUUAUUUGAAAAUAAAAAGCUUGGGGUACUCUCAGGGCUCCGUUGACAUUUCAGAGAUACACUUGUUUUUCUGAGAAAUCUUUGAAAAAUAAUAGGAAUUCCCAUUAAUAUGAAAAGUGUAUACUAAAAUAUGAAAAUACGACAUGUCAUGUCCCAACAUCGAUAUCUAUCUUACCUCUAUAUUGUUUCAUGUCCUCCGGAUUCAAGAAGAAAGAUGCGUUCCACAGUGAGCCUAAAGUUAGCCAAGUUUUCUGAUUUCUGACAACAUUUUUUUCUCUGGCUUCCAUUGAUUUAGUCACCCUAAUCUUGACCAUCCUACAAGGGUAAAAACGCCAAUAACUUUUUAAUGGAUUAUGAUAGAGGUUUGGACCAUUGGUUUUCUUAGAGGAGUAUCUACACAAUUAACAUAAUUUUACCCAUUGGUCAAAAUAUGCAUUUUUUAUUAGACACCCUACAUUUCAUCAUUUGUAUUGCUUUAUGUUAUUCUAUUAUGUAUUGCAUGCUGCUGUUGAAGAGACUUUGCCUCAAUUCACAUGCCCCUUUUUCCUUUUCUGUGUCUUUCUCACAGGUCAAAAGGAAGUCCUAUCUAAGUAAGUUCAUCUACUUAUUUUUGGCAAUUUAUGGUGCAUUCAUAAUGCCUACUGGCUUGUGUCGUUGUCACGUGUAAGCCAUGUCUGAUUUCGUACUCUUAACAUAUAUUUUUGAUUAGCUACUGAGAAAGAGAUGGCGGACAGGAUGAAGACGCUUGAACAAGAGAAGGAGGAGGUACUCCUAAAGGUUGCUGAACUGCAACAACAGGUAAGUUGCUGAGACUUUUCACUGACCAAGAUCCAGACUUUGGGUUCAAUGUGAAUUAAGAGGCGUAACCAUGUUUUGAUCAUCUAUUUCUACUGGGUUCCCCUCAGGGCGAAGAACUCAAAGAAAAGCAAAAGCUGUCGGAGAAAUCUGCCACCUCAUCUCUGGAGAAGAUCCAGGAACUAAAAGUGAGCCUCUGGGAAAUAUUCUCAUGAUCACAUGUCAUUGUCAGGCUGACUAUUGUUUACUUGUUUGAUUUUGUUUUCCAUCGUUUAAUUUUUUUUUACUUAUCCUUUUCUUUUUCAAUAUCUAUCCAGAAUCUUGUGCAAGAGAUGGAGAGACAAAAUGAGUGCCUGGACGAGGAAAAGAACUUGCUCACCAGAUCCUUUGACGAAGAGCGGACAAAGAUGGCGAAACAUGAAGAUAUGGUGAGUCGUGCUGAGCGAUAAGCUGAAAUGUCGGGGGGGUUUUCCUUUGUUGUUUUUUUUAACAACCAAUUGAUCGACGUCUGUUCAAUUAUUGGAAUUCCAUUAAGUUCGUUUUUUUUCCUGGGAGCUCAACGCACCGUUUCUCUAGAGCGGAAUCAAAUCAAGCACAAACUUUGGAACAUUGUAGGAAGCAAAUUUUCAACUGCAGUGACCACAAUCCAUUGCACCUAGACUUGCCCUGGCAGACACAUAGAGGAAGGGACAGAACACAAAAGAAAGGGAUAGCUGCCCUAGAGAGCAGUUCCUUCCUGUCUGGAAAGACAUCUAAUUGAUUGAUUAGGUGGUAUUCAACAGUCUUAAAAGUAUGCCUUAUCUAGUUUGAAGAACUACUAAAAUUGUGUCGUCAGACCGCAUAGGCAGCUACUAUUAGCCAGCUAAUAGCCUAAAUAGGAUGACUUGUCGGGCAGCACAGAGAAGAAGAAUGGUUGUCAUUAUGUUCAUCUUUAUCUAUACCUAUAGAUAUCAGAAAUGGACAAAACCAUUGAGAAGUUGAAGCGUAGCAGAAAGAAGACUCAGGACGCUCUCUCAAAGGUACGUAUCGUAGAUGUGAACGUGUCCAAUGUAAACAUAUCAAAGAUGUAAACAUCAACAUUGCAACAUGUAAAUGUGGCCAUUUCUUAUAUGUAGCACAGUAUAGAGCACAAAUAUUUGAUUAUCCUUAUUUUUCAUUCUGUAAGCAAACCAUUCUGAUGGAAGAAGCCAAGCUCCGCGAAGAUGCACGGAACGUCCAGCACCAGGUUCUGGAGAAGGAUAUCGGCGCCCUGAGACAGGAGAACGUCUCGGUGAGUACCAACACGGAACAACCAUUCACACUUUAAGCCACAUAACAUAUGGUGCAGAAGUCUUUGGCCAUGCAGGGCCUGCAUCGCACCGUCCUUAUGACCUAAUAUCCUCCUUCCAGCUGCACCAUGCUGCCAAGUCGUGGGAGGAGAAGCACAGGGAGAUGAGCGAGAAGAUCAAAGUCUACCAGAAGUCCCAGAAAGAGCUGGAGGACUCCCUCGCUCAGAAGGACCAUAACGUUGAGGUGAGUUGUGUGAAUGUUUUUUUUUUUUCAAUUCCUGUUCACACUUUCUCAAAUGCACCCUAAUGAUGAAUGAAACAUGGCACGUGUAUUUGUUCCAAAAUUCAAAAGGCACUCAAACAUCUGAGCUAUCUUUUUUGCAGGUGCAUGGUAACAGUAGAAUAAGAUGAGAAAAAAAGAAACCUGCACACUGCUCUUUAUAGUAUCACUGCUCUUUAUACUAUCACUGCUCUUUAUACUAUCACUGCUCUUUAUACUAUCACUGCUCUUUAUACUAUCACUGCUCUUUAUACUAUCACUGCUCUUUAUACUAUCACUGCUCUUUAUACUAUCACUGCUCUUUAUACUAUCACUGCUCUUUAUACUAUCACUGCUCUUUAUACUAUCACUGCUCUUUAUAGUAGCACUGCUCUUUAUAGUAGCACUGCUCUUUAUAGUAGCACUGCUCUUUAUACUAUCACUGCUCUUUAUACUAUCACUGCUCUUGAUAGUAGCACUGCUCUUGAUACUAUCACUGCUCUUGAUAGUAGCACUGCUCUUUAAUAAGCUUUAUGUAUUUGUUCAAAAAUGAUAGUCUGGAAGUCCUUCUUGUUGACUGAUCCCAGGGGAGAAGUGUAGUGUAUAAUUGGUGGUUCUCUCCCUCUGGCAGGUUUUGUCUGACCUCCUGGGAGACCUGGAGACCUGCGACGACUUGAAAGGAGGCGUCAUGGCCAACGGGGAAGCCUCUAACGGUAAUUCACCUGACACCUUGUCAUAAAUAACUUGAUAACUUGCUAAUUAACAUGUCGAAUAUGUAAGUGUUGUCCAACUAAGGCUGCGUUUAGACAGGUAGCCCAAUUCUUUCCCCCCCCCCACUUAUUGGUCUUUUGACCAAUCAGAUCAGCUCUGAAAAAGAGCUGAUGUGAAAAGAUCUGAUGUGAUUGGUCAAAAGCCAGUUAGUGGAAAUAAGAUCAGAAUUGGUCUGCCUGACGCAGUUAAGACUGAUGAACGCAUCAUUAGGCCGAUAUGGAUAGCCCCAGUUUGUAUCUGAGUAACCUAAUGUGUUUAGAAUCAUGUUGGAUCUGUUUCAGACAAGCAGACCGUCAUCCGAAACCGCAUUAAGCAAAUGAUGGAUGUCUCUCGGGUAAGACGGAGUCCAUUCUUGAACAAACCCAAAUUUCUGUGUACCUGAAAGCCAAAAUACUGAUACUCAGAACCAAGAAGUGAGUCAACUCUUACUAACUCUUGGCACAACUUACCACAGGUCCAGACUACUCUUUCUGUCGUGGAGGAAGAGCGCGAUCGCUUCAUGACCAAGCUGCUGAACGAAGAGAAAGCCAGGAAAGAGCUGGAAGGUAUGUCAAGCACUAUAUCCCAGCAGCUAGAGUUUGAUAUGCAUCACUCCCUUUUCUCUCUCUCUCAACACAAUCAACUUGUUAUCGCCACAGAACAAUACCAGAAGCUGGAGCACGACAUCUUGUUGGUGAAAAGUGAUAAGAACCACCUGGAGAACCAGUACAAGACACUGCAGCAGAAGAACGAGAUCAUCACAGAGAUGUACCAGCAGAAGGAGAACGCCUUGCAGCAGUAAGUAGAGCUAGAUGCUUUUCAGUUCAGUUCACCAUUGUAGGGUUUGUUCUCAGUGGCACCACGGCAUGUAAAAAGAACAAUGACUUUUUCCUCAAUGUGUCGUCUUCAAAACGUCUCUUUUAUUUUUUUGCUGUGAAGUAUAUUGAGAUUAUUGAAUGCACUUUAAAUAAAGCUUGAUUUGAUUUGUGUGUGUGUCACCUCACAGGAAGCUGACCAAGGAGGAGUUUGAGCGUCGCAACAAGGAGGACAGGCUGACUGAGGUGGACGGCAAUGGCCCUGGAGGCCGAGGAGGAGGUCAAGGUAUGCAGGCAGCGUAUCAAGGAGAUCCAGGACGAGCUGAAACAGACCGAGAAGUCCUACAAAGCCCAGAUCAUUGAGCAAGAGCAGAAAUCCCACGAGAACUGGGUAUGUACAAUGCAGUACAACUUAUUUGUUACAGCAACAACGUUAGUGUGUCUGCUGCUCGUUUCUCAACCCCCCACUGAUGGCACACAUGUAGAACGACAAGGACAUAAAAAAACAAACAUGUCUACUGUUUGACCAAUCAUUCGUAAGGUAAAUGUAAAGUCCCAAACAUUCCUUCUCUCUAGGUGAUGGCACGCGCCGCAGAGCGAGCUCUGUUGGACGAGAAAAAGGAAUCAACUAACCUCCGUAACAAGUGAGUGCAACAACACUACUACAACAAACUCAAUUGGGCUAUACCAAUGGGGUUAGCUAUACAAGGCUAGAUUUGCCUGUUCUCUUUUUCACCCUAGACUGACAGAGAUGUCCAGCAAGCUGAAUGAGCUCCGUAGGCCUCUGUUCAAACCCACCCCUGGGAUGGCUCCCAUGCCUCUCCGACGAGGUAAGAACCAAUCCCCACAGAGUUCCCAAUGUUACUAGGCGCUGGCGACUGGCACAUCUGGGGUGCAUUCAGUAAGGCAAAAUGUUGAGAACGUACAGAGAGCUCCAAAAGUGUUGGGACACUGACAAUUGUGUUGUUGUUUUGGCUCUGUACUCCAGCUAUUUGGAUUUUAAAUGAUACAAUGACUAUUAGGGUAAGUGCAGACUGUCAGCUUUCAUUUGAGGGUACAGGCAACGCGCUAGUACAAUCAACUGAAAGGAUACCGUUUACAGUAUACUAAAAUGAACUAAUAGUAUGUAGUAUAUACUCAUUAAGUAUGUACUAUACAGUAUGUUAUUAUGGGUAUAGGAACACAGCUAUUGUAUCAUUUUAAAUCCAAUGUUCUGGAGUACAGAGCCAAAACAACCAAAAAUGUGUCAAUGUCCCAAUACUUUUAGAGCUCACUGUAUUUUGCAGAUAGACAUGGAAUGAAUAGAGCUGAAAUGACUCCCUAUUCUGGAGGACAGAGAUGGAUACACCAUAUGUUUAUAUCUGAACAUUCUGCAAUGUUGCACCCUCCUGAACAGACCCUUGUGUUCUUUGAGAGUCCCAGUUGGUUUGGCUCUAUUCUAUUGUCAGUUGGAUAAUAGCUGUGAUUGCGUUUCAGAUGAUUUCUUGGACUUUUCUUUUUGACUGUUGGAUAGCCCAUCUGCUGUUGGAGCUCUACCAUUGGAAAUAUGUGGAGUUGUGUUGUUGUUUGAUGCCUAUUCCUUGAAGCUGGACCAAUGUGGAGAGACUGACCACAGUAUUUGGCUGUGUGGUGUUGGUUGGGUGUUCAUCGUUUAAAUGAUGUUAAAUGGUUUGGUUUAAACAGGUGAUUCGUACGGGCCCUCGCCCGUGAGCGGAGGUGCCCCGUCUCCCCCUCUCAUGAUGGAGGGUCCCGGGCGACCUCCCUCUGCCCCUGUGGGGCGAAGGAACGAGCCCUACGGUGAGUCUCCAGAUACCCCCGCCCCAGACAGCCUCGGCCCUGCUGAUUGGCCAAGCAGUACCGUCCCUCAGCCAAUCAAACCCCUCCUAUCUUUUUCACCUUUCCUUUUUUCCUUCCUUUAUAUCCUGUUUCAAUCAUGUCCCCUUUUCUUCCUACUGCUCUCAUCCUGUUCCUAGUUGGUUCCUACCUCUGACCACUUUCUCCUCUUAUCUUAGUCUUCUGAUUACUUCCUGUUUACAUUUUGAUUUUCUUCCUUUCACUGCCAUCUUUUCUCCUCAUACCUACCGCUGUACCCAUCUUUCUCAACCGGGUUUGCGUGUACAGGCGGUCCAGAAUGUCCCCUUGCCUCCGCUUUCUUUCACCAUCCCCCUCGUGCAUUCCUCCUGCUCUUUCAGUACUAUGUUGUUGUCUUGGUUGUGUUCAGCUGUUGUGAGGUCAUAUGUGAGGGGCAUGUCCUUGAGAUAGUCAGGUUACAAAAGCCUUAGCCGUUGUGUUCCCUUGUUGUUCUUUAGCCAUGUGGUAUUAAUAUUGAUUCACAAGUGUUCUAGUUGUGGAAUAAUAAUAUCCUACCAGGAUAUGGCCAAACAUUUUCCUGAGACUGCAAAUAGACCAGACACUGCUAUAAAUAGAUGGUAGCAUGAACGAGUAAUGUGAAGACUCAGGUGCCUAAUGACAACCAGGAGAGCCAAGAAGAGGUUAGAGAAUAUGGCAGUGUUCACAUUAGCCUUGGAAGUAGGCUGAUGUAUGACCGUGUAUUUUGUGUUCAACAGGACCACGACCUCCAUCUGACCCUCACGGCCGUUACCCCCCUGACCACAAACACCCAGUGGCUGCUAGACCUGGUAGGGGUGAUUUUUAUUUGUCAGUGAAGGUUGAUUCAGUAUUAUUCCCUAUGAUCCAAUAUCUGUAUUAUCCAAGCUGUAUUUCCUCUAAUCAUUCUGUUCUUUACUCCGCCGUUAGACACCAUUGCACCACGGACAUCCUCUCCAAGCAGUCUGGAAAGCUCGGUAAGUUUGUCAAUUUGUGACAAUGUCCACAACUUAUUUAGUUCCUUAUUACGUUACGACGUCAGGAGGGGAACUAGCCAAGGAAAGUUUCAAUGAGACACCUUGAGUCCUUAGUCUUAUGUGCAUCUCUCCCCCCUGUUCCUCCAUCCAUCAUGUGGGUGUGUUUGCUCUAAAGCAGACCACUCCACUAGAGGCAGAGUCACAGGCUGAGGCCCAGGCCUCCACAGAGAACCCAGAGGCAGUGAGUAUUAUGUAGGAGGCUGAGGCACGGUGGCAGGGAUGUGGAUAUGUGUGUGAGCAUGCUUACCCCAGUCAUGGAUCAAUGGCAGGCAGUGGGCUAGUGGCUUCACAGGGUUGUCAGACUUAACAGUAACUGUCCAGUGAAAACAGAAUGAUUUUCAGAAUGAUUAACUCGUGUUUGUGGCCAAAGUGUAAAUUGAAGAGGAAAAAAACAACCUCAAGUUUGUAUCGCAAACUGACCAUUUCAAAAAUGUGUGCUAGUUCCUCAUAGUAUACCGGUAUACGAGGAUGAUGUCAUCCUCCUGAGGACGAUGAGCUGGCCAAUCAGCGGUCUACUCGCAUGAAUAUUUUUUAUGACCGGUAUACGCCCACACCAUUCUGUUGUUGGGGUACGCCCACACGAUUCCAACACAGAAAAGCUUAUUUUUAACAUGCUUAAUGACCAUUUUUUGGAAGGAAAACUAUUUCACUCAUAUUGUAAUUAGGUAUAGGUCAUAUUUCAUUGAAAUCUGGGAACACUGAACAGUUACUUGAACAUUGCUGGCUGGAUUUUCACAUGCGUGGGUACUUGUCUUACCAGUUCCCUACAUUACAACACCACCCCCACUGAAUGAAAUGUGGUGACACUGUUCUAGAAAGCCAUAACUUCAGCACAACUGCAUGAUGUGAAUUUUGUUAUCAUUAAAAGCUGUGUGUGUUUUGAGGUUAAUGCUUUGUGGAAACGGUCCUGAUUCCGAAAUCACAGUGGGUGGAACUUAAAUGUGUGAUCAUUUGUUCUUUUUUUUUGUGAGACUGCGUAACUUCACUUACUAUUGUGGGAUAUUGAAGUUCUUUCUCACCAGUGCAUGAUUGUGUUUUGUUCUAACGAAACUGUUUUGAAUCAAACGAAAGGGGCUCUCACUGGUGGUGCCAGCAACAGGGCUACAGACAGCUACAUCUACUCUUUAAGACUUCUGUGUUUUAAUGGUGUUUAUUGGUGGUUCCUCCAGAACUCUGGACCUCAGGGCCCUGGCUCCCUCCUGGUCUCUCCCAUCAGCUCCCCCCCUGACUCAGGCCCCGGCCCCCUCAGACCAGUCAUCAGCCAUCCCUCCGGACUCUGCUACCGUCCCCCUCCUGGCCCUGGGCCCCACAACAUCCAUCCUCCCUCACCCUUCAUGCCUCCCAUGUACCGACCAGCCAACGGACCUAACGGACACCCAGGCAUGAUGCCUCCCGGACCCCCACCACCUAAUGGACAGCUGCCUGGUCCCAUGAUGCCACCCGGACAGCGGCCUCCACCUCCUGGUGCCUACGGCCCCCCACACCCACACCACCGGGGCCCUCCUCCACCUCACUAUGGGCCGGUGCCUCCCCCAUUCGGUAGGUGUUGAAUUCAGCCCCCCAUCUUUUACCUCAAGUUGACUCUUUGUUAUUGUUAUUUCGGUUGUGGUUAGUAACUUAGUAGUGAUAUUGUUAUUUUUGUACUAUGGUAUUAUAUUCAUGUUGUUUUUCACAUUCUCAUGUUUCUUCUCCCCAGGUGUUCGCGGCGGCCCCCCUAUGGCCCGACCCAUGGGACCCCCACGUACCUACGUGCAAUACGGGCCACGUGAUCACUCCAUCCCACCCCAGCACCUGCCCCCAGGAGCGGCCCCAUACCCUCCUCACGGCGGCCCCAGAGACUUCCCUGGGCAGCCCCCCAUGCAGCAGCAGCAAGCCCCCCAUGGGCAUGACUCUUCUGUGGGCCCCCAGGGGCAAGACUACAGCUCCCAGCAGGCAGCAGCUGCCCCCCAGCCCCAGGACUCAGUCAGCUCCACCAUGGCAGAGCCUUAG